CCUUUAUCACAACACUGGAGGACUUUUAUCUGUCCUCCAGAGGUCAUUUCCUGUUCGCGUUCGCUCUGCCGGAUUGACACGUCACGAAGGUCAGGAGAAAACUGAUGGAAAAAUGGCGAGCACCUACAACACCUUCAAUCUACACACGACGCCAGAGAAGUUCUACAUCGAGGCGUGUGAUGAUGGAGCCGGAGACGUCCUCGCUAUUGACCGUGUGUCCACAGAAAUGACCCUCACAGUGAGGAAGGACGUGCCUCCGUCAGCAGUGACUCGUCCGAUGUGUGGCAUCAUGGGAACCAUGCGUCUGGUGGCAGGCAUGUAUCUCAUCGUCAUUACCAAGAAGAAGAAGGUGGGCGAUCUGCUCGGUCACGCCGUCUGGAAAGCCACGGACUUUGACAUCAUUUCCUACAAGAAGACGGUCCUGCAUCUGACUGACACUCAGAUGCAGGACAACAAGGCCUUCUUGUCUAUGAUCAACAGCGUCCUGAACACAGACGGUUUCUACUUCGCCACAGACUACGACUUGACGCACACCUUACAGCGGCUGGCUAACACCAGCCCCGAGUUUCAGGAGAUGACCCUUCUGGAGCGCGCGGAUCAGAGAUUCGUGUGGAACGGUCAUCUGCUCCGAGACUUCAUGGCACAGCCGGAGCUGCACAAAUUCGUCUACCCUGUUAUUCACGGCUUCGUCGCUAUGAAGUCGUGCUGCAUCAACGGGAAAAUCUUCGACUGGAACAUCAUUUCUCGGAGGAGCUGUUUCCGCGCGGGCGUCCGCUACUACGUCAGAGGUAUUGACUCUGAAGGUCAUGCGGCAAACUUUGUUGAGACGGAGCAGAUUGUUCAGUAUAAUGGAGCAAAAGCCUCAUUCGUUCAGACUCGAGGCUCCAUCCCCUUCUACUGGUCUCAGAGACCAAACCUGAAGUACAAGCCAAAGCCACAGAUCAGCAAAAGCGGCAAUCAUCUGGAUGGUUUUCAGAGGCAUUUCGACUCUCAGAUCAUCACAUACGGCAAACAAGUGAUUUUGAACCUGGUGAAUCAAAAGGGCUCAGAAAAGCCACUGGAACAGGCCUUCGCGAAGAUGGUGAACAAUCUGGGUAACGGCAUGAUCAAGUACAUAGCGUUUGACUUCCACAAGGAGUGCAGCCAUAUGAGAUGGCAUCGCCUGCAGAUCCUGGUGGACAUGGUUGCGGAAAUACAGAAUGAGUUCGGCUACUUCCUGGUGGAUUCGGACGGGACGGUGCAGCUACAGCAGGACGGGACGUUUAGAAGCAACUGCAUGGACUGUUUGGACCGAACCAAUGUCAUCCAGAGUCUGCUGGCGCGCCGCUCGCUGCAGUCACAGUUAGAGAGGAUGGGAGUUCUUCAUGUGGGCCAGCGGAUUGAAGAACAGGCGGAUUUUGAAAAAAUAUACAAGAACGCUUGGGCAGAUAACGCCAACGCCUGUGCCAAACAGUACGCCGGGACCGGAGCCCUGAAGACCGACUUCACACGGACAGGAAGGAGAACGCAGUGGGGUUUGCUGAUGGACGGCUGGAACUCCAUGAUCAGAUACUACAAGAACAACUUCUCCGACGGUUUCAGACAGGACUCCAUUGAUCUGUUUCUGGGUAAUUAUGCGGUGGAAGAGGCGGACAUGAACACUCCUCUACAUGAACCCAAAGACUGGAAGUUCCUGACGCUGCCGAUCAUCAUGGUGGUGGCUUUCUCCAUGUGCAUCAUAUGUCUCCUGAUGGCUGGUGACACGUGGACUGAGACGCUAGCGUACGUGUUGUUCUGGGGCUCGGCGAGUGUUGUGACGGCCGGCGUGAUCCUCUUCAACGGCCGGGACUUCGUCGACGCACCCAAACUGGUGCAGAAGGAGAAGAUGGACUGAACCUGCGUGUGUGGGAAGCAGCUGGGUCCCGCCGAGUCUUCAUCCUCCUCCUCCUCAUCCUCAGUGCUGUCCCACUCUCAGCUCGGCCGGCCCUGGAGCCUGUACUGAAGCCGCUCCGCCGGAGGAAGAGGACGAGGAUGAAGGCCAGGGGCCAGACGGGACGCUCCACUGCUCUCCACACCAGGAUCGUAUCUCAGACAUCCCAUAAUUCCAUGGGCAGCUUCACAGACGCAGCGCUGGAAACCAGGUUCAUGUGCGGAUCGGGACCGUGAGGGACUCGGCCCAAGCCUCGUGGUCCAAGACGUGUUUCCGUGUCGAAUCGCAUCAUCAUCUUGUUUUCUAAUAAAAAAAAAUUAAUUGAACAAAACGAGAUGCGUUUAGAAAAAAAAAGGCAGUGACACUCUUCUAUAAGGUUCAUUUGUUAACAUUAUUUAGCUAAUAUCUGCUAACAAUCGACUGUACAUUCUACAGCAUUAAAUAUCUACUAUUAAGAUAUACACAUAGUAAAUCUUAAUGUUAAUCCGCUAAUACAUUUCAAAUAAAAGUUGCAUCUGAUAACAUUAGUUUAUGUACUGUCAAAUAAUAUGAACAAAGUCCAAAUUUUUAUUUAUUUAUUAAAUAAUAAUCAUAAUAAGUACAGAAGCCCAUUUCCAAUAUGUAAUAAAAAAAAAAUAACUUAAUGUAUUUGUUUCACAAUUCUGAUUAUAUCUUACUUUUUUUGUUUUUAAUUUGAGUUUCCAACGGGUCAGAUUUUUUUCUCGCUUUUCCAAAUUUUCUAUCAGUGUUCAGUAUUUUUAUUAUUAUUAUUAUUAUAUAUUUUUAAUUUCUUGGUUUAUGUCCAAAAAAUAAAUCUUUUUACUUGAAAUUUGAAGUUUGUCCAUAAAUUCAGACUUUUUUGUGAUUCUGAGUAUUUGUGCGACAACUCUUUUUUUUUUUUUUUUUUUUUUUUUUUUUUUUUUUUUUUUUUGGCAAUUCUGAUUUUUUUUUUUGCUUUUGUUUUUUUAAUCCUGAUUUUUGUCCGACUACCCAAAAUUUUAUUUUCCACAAUUCUGUUGUUGUCCGACAAUUCAGAUUUUUUUUUUCUUAAUUCUGUGUUUAUGUCUGACAAGUUGGACGUUUUUACCUUUUUGAGUUUUUACGUUUCGCAAUUCUAUUUUUUUUUUUUUUUUUUUUUUUUUAUUGCGAGUUUAUAUCUUAUAAUUCAUACCUUUUACACAAUUCACCAUUUUUAUCACAAUUCUGAAACAAGGUCUAAAUUAUGAGAUAAAAAGUCACAAUUAUCUUUUUAUUUUAUCCUUUGGCGUUAACAAGCUUCCAUAGCACACAUUAUUAAUUGUAGUAAAAUAUAUAAUUGAUAUAAUUUAACCCAUUAUGUUUGAGAGCGGUCACUCUGUGCAUUAAGCUUCAGUUUGUUUGCAUUGGCUAAUGCUAUAGCUAUAAACAUACAAAUACAAUACUUUUACAGGAUUUAUUAAUCAAGCUUAAUAUGCAUUUCUGCAGAUACAUUUUUAAUAUUUAAAUUUGCACAUUUUUUAAAAUUAAUAUUAAUGUAUUAGUAAUAACAUUUUAAUCUAUUAUGUUCACUCUGUAAAAAUAAAUGCUAUAAAUAUAAUUUUUAGUUUAUGAAAUUUUAAUGGGAACAGAUUGAAUCUUAUAAAGUGCUACUAAGACACUAAGUUUUGUUUUCAGAAAAAUAAACAUUACAAAAUAAAUCUGAAUAUCUAUAAUUCUGCUAAUAAAUUCGAUGUAAUUCUUUUUUAUUAGAAAACAAGACAAACGUCUGAUUCGGGUCACAGCGUUUCGUAGUUUGAGCAUUUGAGCUGGACAUUUAUUAAAUUGACUGGUUUCCUCCUCCUCUUCACUCUCAUGGUCUUCCUCAGUCUGUGAUUUUGGGAGCUUUUACAAACGAACUGAUUCUGAGCGAUUGGUUCUGCUGGGAAUGAACCGAAUCUCUCCGGAGUCCAGACUGAUUCCGACGAAUCUUUUCCCGGGACCAGCGUCUCAUCGUCCAAAGGAUUUUCUUCGUGCCAUCUCGGUUUCUUCUGAUUUGCGAGUGUUUCGCUGCUUCUGACGGACGAACAAAUGAUGCCUUAUGUUUGCGAUGCUCUUCAUUUGAUUCCUCUGUGUCUCACUGCUUAUCGGAGAAUGUAAAAAAUAAUGUCUAUUAUUGUUAUUAAAGUGAUUAUGACAUG